AUGAUAUCUACAGUUUUCGUCUUCGUUAUUUGUAAACUUUAUUUGUUGAAAGGAUAUUCAAGGUCUAGACAUGAACAAUCGCUUUUACCUAAUUGUCUACCUAUAUCAGCACAUGCACAUCUAUUUAUUGGAAGUGGUUUACGAAAGCAUCGCAAGACAUAUGCAAGAAUUAGCAAGAAGGCAAUUCAACACAAUUUGAAAAAUGAACAAGCUAGAUUAGGGGCUAAUUGCGAACUAUUUGCAGUUGUUAAAGCAGAUGGUUAUGGACAUGGUGCAGUUGAAAUAGCAAAAGUAGCAAGAGAUGCUGGGGUAACAGGAUUUUGUGUUGCAUUGUUAGGUGAGGCAUUAGAAUUAAGACAGGCGGGAAUCAGAGAACCAAUCUUAAUUUUAGGAAUAGUUGAUGUAGCGUAUGUUGCUAUAAUUGCAGCUGAGAAGUUAAGUGUAACCGUUGGUAGCUUGGAGUGGUUAAAAAAAGCGAAGUUGAAGAUGAAGAAUCAAAACAACAGCUUACGUAUUCAUAUAGCAUUAGACACUGGCAUGGGAAGAAUUGGCUUUAGGACAGUUUCAGAACUAACUGAGGCAGAAAAUACGGUAUCAGAUUCAAAAUUAUUUGAAUUUGAAGGAGUUUAUACACAUUUUGCUACUGCAGAUGAAUCAGAUGAAACAAAAUUUAAUAAACAACUAGAAAUAUUUAAUAAACUAAUUAACAAAUUGAAAAACAAACCUAGAUUCAUUCAUGUUGCUAAUAGUGCAACGGCACUCUGGCAUCAGCAAAUACCAACUAAUUUAGUUCGCUACGGAAUUGCUAUGUAUGGUUUAAACCCGUCAGGACAUGCAUUGAUAUCGCCAGUAUCUUUAGAGCCGGCAAUGGAAUUAAUCAGUGAGUUGAUACAGGUUAAAGAGAUACAGCCAGGAGACACUGUCAGUUACGGUGCUACUUACGAAGCAACCGAUUGCGAGUGGGUAGGAACAAUUCCAAUCGGUUAUGCAGACGGAUGGCGCAGAAGCUUACAAGGACAAACCGUUUUGGUUGAUGGGCAGCGAUGUGAAAUUAUUGGUCGUGUAUGUAUGGACCAAUGCAUGAUUCGUUUGCCAAAGGAAUAUCCAGUAGGAACGACCGUUGUCUUAGUUGGGAAAAGUGGAACAGAUCAAGUGACGAUGGAAGAGUUAGCAGAACACUUAGACACAAUUAAUUAUGAAAUCAUUUGUGGCAUUACUUUAAGAGUGCCUCGAAUUUAUGUUUAA